AUGAUUAAAAAUUUAAUUGGUCACAUAUAAAACAUUUUAAUAAUUAUAAUCCUUACAGUAUUUAAUAAUUUAAUCUUGCAAAUUGUUGAAAAAAUGGUAUUUUGGAAAUUUAUUCCUGUUAUUUUCCUGGCAUGGUUAGGAAUUCAAAUAGGAGUUCUUUUUUAUUUAAAUUCUGUUAUUCCAGAAUUUAAAAAUGUAGGAUUUCCUACGUCUUUUGAAAAAGCAUAAAUAUUUUCAAAAAUAAUGUCAAGCAAUUUAGAUUAGAAUUACUAUAUUUUACUCUUAUUCGUCGCUUCAAAUUUUUUAUUCUUAUAGACAUGGUGUAUUCCUGGAACAUUUGUUUUUAAUUUAUUAGGAGGAGCAUUAUUUGGGAUAUAAGUUGGUUUUCCUGUUUGUCUAGCAGAAAUUGGUGAAAAGUGA